GUCAGGUUGAAAUGCAGUGAUUGUCCAGGUGGAAAAAGAGAAAAAAAAGUGAAAAAAUAUCCUUCGAGUGGAAGUUUUGUGUUAAUAAUUUAUAGACUUUAGAGUGGAGGAGAUGAGGCUGAAAAUCCUCUUUGUGACCGUUCUGUGUCUCACCCUGUUGUCCUCGUGCAGUGUAUUGGGACAAAGUGAGCAUGAGGAUGACGUAGAAGACGUUGAGGUCGUCGAUAAGGAUAUUCUCGAAAAUCCCACAAUUACCGAAGAAAAUACAUCGCAGCAGGAUGAAAUUAUCCCAGAAGAAGAGCCCGAAGAUGAUGAUGAUGAUGACAAUGACUAUGCAGCAGCCUCGGAUCAACCACAACCUCCUGAACCCGAGGAUGACUUUGAGGAUCCUGUCGAUACCACCGUAAAUGAGGAUACAGUGAAUGUGGACAAAAUUAGUCCAAAAAAGAUUAAAUCCGGAAAUUACUACCUCUACGACGAAUAUAUCUCCAGCAAUUUGGACAUGGAUGACAACAAUUACAAUUGGGAAUGGAGCGUGAUUUGGAAACACGUACCGAUCGAUUUGGCGUAGAAGUGCGUGAGCGUGUAAUGUGGGAUAUUCGAGAGGGUGUCGUGGGAUCCGAUACCUUUGUGCCCAAACAUGCUGUUAUCAUCACAUGGAAGAAUAUGUCAUUCGCCGGUGGAAUUGAUAUUUCUCUCCAUCGUACCAAUACAUUCCAAAUGGUUCUGGCUACAGAUGAGGUGUAUACGUAUGCAAUUUUCAACUAUGCUGAGAUAAACUGGUCCUCCCACACGGAAGCAGGUGGUGAUACCACUGGGGGUGAGGGUGGUGUACCAGCAUUUAUUGGAUUUAAUGCUGGCAACGGGACUCAAGCUUAUGAAUAUAAACCCUACAGCCAGGCAUCGGUGCUGCGAGACUUGACAGGACGUGGAUGGGCUAAUGGUUUUCCAGGACGGCACAUUUUCCGCCUAGACGAGCGAAUUAUGCUUGGGACGUGCAAUAAAGAUAUAGAUGCUGCCCACUUGCCCCUGGUCUUUGCCCCGGAAUCUGGAAAUAUGUUGGGUGGUACAGUGGUGAACAUCACUGGACCGUGCUUCAAUGAGAAUGAAAGAGUGUCCUGCCGCUUCGAUACUGAAGAGGUGAUUGGACACUACAUUGACCGUAAUCGUGUUAUAUGUGUCCAACCAUUCCUCAUGGCACAAGGGUACAUUCGCUUCGAAAUAUCCGUCGGUACGGAGAAGUACAAGUGGCGUGGGCGAUACUUUGUAGAAACCCCCGCGACGGCAACUGAUAGAAUUUUCUUUGAGAGCCAAGAUGUGUAUCAAAAGUCCCCGUCAGAAGUGAAAAUAACAUGGAAUCGAUUCAACUUAACAACCAACUUGAAUGCUGGUGUGAGAAUUUCCCUCUGGGGCUAUCGAGAGAGUACAAUUCGGCCUCAGCUGGAGUACAUUGAUAUGAUUGAGGAGGGUAUAACGAACCAAGGGUUCUACACCAUUGCACCGGCCAAUUACCGUCUGAGGAACAAUCCGAGGAAUGUGGAUAUGCAAUUUGGAUUUAUUAUGAUUAACCUAACGAAUCCUGAGCAUUUCUCAGGUCUCCGGAUAUCUCCAGUUUUGUGGUCAAAACCCAUUCCACUGGGAUGGUAUUUUGGACCUCAAUGGGAGCGUAUUCAUGGAAGAAAUUGGCCACGAGCACUUUGCGAUAACUGGUUGAGGACAGAUCGUUUCCUGAGAAAUUUCCCUGCAGAAGUAGCCGUCUGUCCAUGCCAUCUUGAUCAUGCCCUCAAUGACAAGGGACGCUUCUUGCCUGAUUUUGAUUGCGACAAAGAUUCCAAUCCUUCGUGUAUUCAUCACCGUGGAGCCAUUCACUGUGUACGUACGGGGCAGCCUAGUCUUCAGGGUUCUGAACAGCAGUGCUGCUACGACAGAAAUGGCUUCCUUAUGCUCUCGCACGAUCAAAUGUGGGGAUCACGACCACGACGUACGCACAAUAUUGGACAGUUGCCGUGGAAUGAGGCUAACAAAGUUCCUACACUAUCUACAUGGUUCCAUGACGUCCGCCCCUACUACUCUUGUUGCUUCUGGCAGGAUGAGCAAGCUGUGGGAUGUGAGACACUCCGUUUUGAACGUAGACCUUCGCAGGAUUGUGUAGCAUACCAAGCUCCAGCUGUUGGUGGAGUCUUUGGUGAUCCACACAUCAUCACAUUCGACAAUGCUCACUACACAUUCAACGGCAUGGGUGAAUUCGUCCUGGCACGUGUUAACAGCGGUCGUGAGCGUCUUGAUGUGCAAGGACGCUUUGAACAGGUGCACCCAAACAUUCACGGACCCGUGAGAGCUACGCAACUUACCUCUGUGGCUGCUCGUGGCAACACAACCACGGUCAUUGAGGUGCGUCUCCGACCAAAGCACGCCCAGUGGCGCUACCGCUUGGAUGUCUUUGCCGAUGGACGCAGGAUCUACUUCGAUAGGCCAAGUCUGAAAUUCCAACAUUUCCACGGUGUUACCGUCUACACACCAUCUUACAUUCUCAAUCAAUCCGAGGUGGUUAUUAUGUUUGAUUCAGGAGCUGGUGUUGAAGUUGUGGAAAAUGCAGGAUUUAUGACGUGUCGUGUUUAUCUACCAUGGACCUUCAUAAAUCGAACACGAGGAUUGCUUGGAAAUUGGAGUUGGGACAUACAGGACGACUUCACUUUGCCGGAUGACACAAUUGUGGGGAUUAAUUUGAAUAAUUUCGAGAGCAUUCAUCGAGACUUUGGAAUGAGAUGGGCACUAGCGGAUCGAGAGCAACCGGGCAUAGGUGCAGCACUAUUUACACGUGAAUUUGGACGGACAUCGAGUUACUUUGCAAAUGCAACAUUCCUGCCGAACUUUAUACGUGAGCCAAGGGACUUCCUACCGCCAAAUCGAACACACGACGUGGAAAGGGCCCAUGAGCUAUGCGGGGAAAGCUAUCAGUGUCGAUACGAUUUCGGCAUGACGCUAAAUCGAGAGAUGGCUCAUUUCACCAAAAAUUACUACGACAGUAUCGUAAAUAUUCGGGAUCAGAAUCAACGGCAAAUACUCUCUUGUGGCAUCCUGCCGACACCUCGUUUCGGGAGAAAAUCAAACUUCCAAUUCGUACCCGGAUCGAGGGUGUCUUUUGAGUGCAAUGAGGGUUUCUUCUUGAUUGGAGACAGCCGUCGUGUGUGCCAAGCUGAUGGCAGAUGGGAUGUCCCCGUGCACGGCUAUACCGAGUGCCUACGCGAGGUCUUCUACACUCGUCGUACCGCUUGGAUAACAAUGGGCAUUAUUCUUGCGGUUAUCGUGCCACUUUUAAUGUGCAUUGUCUGUGGCGUGUAUUGCUAUCGGAAGAAGGCAUUAAAAGAGGAUCCAAAUUGGAAGAUGCCACUACCCUCACGCUCGGGCUCACGUGCGACGCUGAGGAAUUUAAAUAGCGACGGUAGCGAUAUGGAUGGUACAGAUACAUUGAAGAAGAGUAGGAGUUACGAUAAAGUGUACAGAACGCACGAGCCGCUCGAGGGGAAGCCGAAUAUUGAAUUCCCGGACAAGAAAUGGGAUCUCGAUGAUGAGGACGUGACAUCGUCGGAAGGCGAUAGACCGAGGCAGCUAGGACGGCGAAAUAUGCAUCCAGGGGGUGAUGAUGACAUCAACACGCAAUCAUUCCCACCACCACCCAUUGAGUCACCAGAUCCAAUCAGCCCGUCGUAUAGUCCAACCUACAGUGGACUGGACCGCAAUAGUAGCUUCAUGAAUGACCAGCAACCACCGCCGCAGUCGAGUGCAACGAGGCAGGCACCUAGACCACCUAGCAAUGCCGUUAGGGUACUCCCUGGACCCGGACCAUCUUCCCCAUCGCCACCAGAUCAAUUCCUCACAUUCUCAGGGCCAUCAUCACCGCAGCCACCACCUCAGGAUGUUGGUCUACCCCGCGUGAAUGCUAAGGCCACCGAAGUGUGAGAACACCAUCCCCCUUUCGGACAAUCGUACCGCCCCCACACAAAGCCCUACUUUUAGUCCCUUUUUUAUAUCUUCCCACUUUACUUUUAGCAUAUUCACACCCAAUAUUGUUAGAAUUUAGGAAACCCAUCGGAUGCCAUAUAUAUGAUUCAUCCUUUUAGUUACAUACCUACUAUUCUUUAUUUAAGGACACACACAUACUUAUUUGCUUCUAUAUGUACAUAAGCUCACAUUCCGAAACAUCAUGAUUUUGCACACAGAAUGGAGUUUUAAUUAGAAAAAAAUGGGAAAAUAUUCCUUUUUUUUCCAACGAAAGAAAAUAUUUUAAUUUUAUGCUCCAAGCAUAUCUCUGUGUGUAAUUAAAAUUGUAGUACAUAAACCACACGGAUCUUAAUAUCUCACCAAAAAAAAACUUACAAAAUUAAGAAUAUUAGUGAAAAUUAAGUGCCAGGAAUUUGAGAGAGAAAAAAAAUGAUAAAAUGAGAUUCAUUAAGAUCCAACAUAAAAUUUCCUGAAGCAAUCUAGAUAGAAAAAAAUGUUAAACUCCACAAAUUCUGAGCAUUAUUCUUGGAAAUGAAAUAAAAAUAAAAAUCUCCAUGACCACAUUUUGUAAUCAAUACAAAAAUACCCUUUCUGUGUCAGAGAGACCGACAUUGUACAAUACCCAGCGUAUGUUUGAAGAAAAAUCAACAAACCUUGUCACAAAAUAAAUAAAUCGUCAAUA